AUGGAAACAAUAGGCGGAGGAUGGACGGCCAUUCAGAAACGCGUAGACGGAUCCGUGAGCUUUUACAGGACCUGGAGGGAAUAUAAAAAUGGUUUUGGUUCACCGGAACAGGAUGUCUGGGCUGGAAAUGACGUAAUCCAUCAGUUAACAAAAGAGAAGAACGCAUCCCUCUAUGUGUCCAUCACUCUUCAAAAUGGCACAACGCUGUAUGAAAUGUACGAUCAAUUCUCCGUCUCCGACGAAACAGGGAAAUAUCAACUCUUCCUUGCUGGACCUGCCUCGGGAACCUUAGGUUAA